GUUCGAGUUGUGUUGCACGCGGCAAAUUCUGGUUCAGUCUGCAGUAUCCUCCACUUUGCUGCUCGCUCUCUCUGCCUUGUGGGUGGGUAGAGACAGAGUGUCUCUUGCUCUCUUUAUCCUCGCCCAGCGUAUAUGAGAUAGCGAAGAUGAGCCUGGCACCGCCGUGGACACGUCUGAUUCGCUUCAUUGCCGUCGAGGAUGGCCUGACGUACUCUGGGGAGCCACAGCUGCCGCCGACGGCUGACAUUGGCGCGGCGUUUGUCGCCGGAGAGCCGCCGAUCAAGGCGCGGGUCCUCGUGCGCGACGACCCACUCGACACGUCGCUCCGCCUCCUCGCCGAGUUGCGCACCGUGGCGCGCCUCCUGCCGCCGCUGGACCCGCAGCAGCACGUCGCCUCGAUCCGCGCACUCGGCGCCAACUUUGUCCAGCCGGGCCAGGACGCCGCGGUGGCCAAGGGCGAGAAGCGGCCGCCGCUGCCCAUCGUCUUCUACAAGCCCAAGGCGACCAUCGUCGGUCCCGGCGCCGACAUUGUGCUUCCAAAGGAGGCCGCGGGACAGACGGACUGGGAAGUCGAGCUCGUCGUCGUCAUUGGCAAGCCCGGCUGCAAGGACGUCUCGCGCGAAGAGGCUCUUGACUAUGUGCUCGCCUACACGCUCUCCAACGACGUCUCUGCGCGCAAGCGCAUGUUUGCCGUGCCCCAGUGGGGCCUCGGCAAGUCCUUUGACACCUACUUCCCUCUAGGACCCUGCCUCGUCAGCGCAGCGUCGGGCCAGGUGGGCAACCCGGACAACGUGCAGCUCAAGACAGUCGUCAAUGGCCAGACGAUGCAGGACGGCAACACGCGCGAGAUGCUCUUUGGCGUCGCAGAGACCAUCGAGUGGCUCUCCCAGGGCACCACCCUCGAGCCAGGCACCAUCAUUUCCAUGGGCACGCCGCCGGGGGAGGGCUUCAAGCGCGACCCGCCCAUCUUCUUCAAGCACGGCGACAUCUGCACAGUCUCUGGCUCCCACGGCCUCGGCUCGCUCACCAACCCCGUCGUCGAGGCGACCAAGCUCGAUGGCUCCUCGCACACGAAGCAGUCGAAGAUGUAGGCUUGUAAAAUGCACAAACUCCUGGCUAUUGUCUCCGAUGUGUGAUAUAGACGUGUGCUCGAUGCUGCUACUGCUACUGCUACUGCUACUGCUACUGCUACUGCUAACACCACUUGUACUGUACAUAUAAGAAAGAGAGAGAAGGUCUAAUCAAACAGCCGCAUGAUGCGGUCCUGGC